UGGCGGAGGGAGGUUUUGUUUCUUGGGAUCUGUGGGGUUCCCAGUGCGGUGCCAUUUCGGGCGAGGGGGGACGGUCAGUUUCUGAUUACCCGUGGGGGUUUUCCACGAAAAUAGCGUCAAAUCCCCUUCACGCCUUUAGACACUUGAGAUAGGCUCUUGGAGGAUGGCUGCUGUCAAUGCGCAGCUUGUUAAGGUACUAAAAAAAACCCCCUGGGUUCUACAGAACUGUUCCUAGGCCUGUUUGCUGGUGCCAGAAGGCUUCCCUUCUGCUGGGCAGGUCUCCCACGGGGAUGACCCCAGAGAAGCAGUGUGGCCUUGGAAGGGGCAGUUCUUGGGAUGCUGCCCCCACUGCAGUAGUCUCUCAUGGAAGCAGUUUAUUCCUCAGCUAUUAAAACGAAUCUUUCUCCACUUUCCUUGAUACGGGUCAGAAGGAAUAUUAUUAAUUGAGCAGAUUGGGAUAGAUAACUUGUUGAGAUCUUUUCUAGAGUCUUCCUGGGGGAGGGUGAGGGAAGAGUGGAAAAAUGUGUUGUUUUGCUGUCACCACACAACUUGUUUUCAUUGUCAGAACACUACAAAAAAUAGAUGUGUGCUGCAUUCUAGCAGCUAGCCAGCCUCUUAAACAGGUUUCCUGUUUUUAAAAAGCGUGCAUAUCAUUUGUCAUCAGGGCAUGAACGAAAACUUGCCUGUUUGUUGGUUUUUUUCACUCUUUUGAUGCAAAUGUGUAUUAUUACUGCAUUGCUUUCUGUGGAAAUUCACUGUCUAGGAUAAAUGUGAUUUAUACAAGCAUUCCCAAUAUGGGUAAAAUGAAAUAUGUCAUCCAUAUUUGUAGUCUUAGUUAAUUCAGCUGCAGGAAAUUUCAUUGCUGCUUUUGACUACAGCUUUGAAGUCUUCCUUUUUUAAGAUGAUUGGGUAGGAAAAUAUGAGAAUCAAAACAGACUUUUUUUUCCUAGCUUUAGUUAAAAUUGUUCUAAUAACAAUUUUAGUUAAAUUGUUCUAAUUCAGACAAUAACCAUCAAGCAGAUGGUUUCUAGACCUGGGUGGGCUCAAACUUCAUAUGUUGGAAAAUUGUUAUUUGACUACGUUAGAAGUGUUCAAAAAAAUAUAAUGUAGUAAAUUCUCUGAUGAUUUUUAGUUUUCUUCCUAUAACACAAAAACCAGCUAAAGUUGGGUAUGAUACUGGGUCUAAUAUCCUAGCUUCUCUUUUCCUGUUUCAUACUGAAUAUGGAAAAUGUAGUUGUAACUCUUGCAGUCGUGAUUAUUUAAUGAAUUUUUUGUUUUGCUGUAACAAUUAUUCACUUGUCUUGUAAACUUUCUUAGAGAAAAAAAAAAUCGGUAUAAUUUUUAUAGUGGAGGUUGUUCUUUCUGGGAUUCUUUUCCUCUAAAAAAAAGCUGAAAUUCAUUCAAAUCAUAAAAUCUCCCAGUUGACAAAAGAGAUGGGAAUGAGAAGGAGAUACAUAAAGAUACAGGUACUACAAAUAAACAUUUUCCAACUGGUUGCUUACUUAAAGUGUGAGAUUUUUCAGCCCAGCACCACCUUAGCUAAUUAAGUAAAGUAGCUAUUAAAAAACAGUCAUGUAAAUCUGUAUAGAUAUGUAAGGAACUCCUGUGCAGACAGCAGAUUGAUAAGGGGCAUGCUGAUGCUAAUUAAUUAAAAACUCACUGAACUGAAAUAUUAGAAACCCCCUUAUUUCCAUCAUGUCCUCAUCUCCUUUCUCCAAACAUGUCCAGAGACAUACAGGUAAAGAAUCUUCUGGAGAAGAAGCUAGGGUAGCUCAGUUGGAAGGAAAAAUGAGAGAAGUGUCUGAUUCUGUCUUCAUGCAAAUUUUAUCCAGCAUGUUCCAUCAUCUAAAAAAAUUUACACAUCAGACCUUUCUGCUUUUUCCUGCCUAGAUAUAAUAUUGCCUUGUCAAAUGCAACUAACAAGGAGUAGGUAGAUUGCUCUUCUUGCUUAACAUCCGUAUGUGAAACUGAAUGCUAAUGAUUUCAGCUGCUUUUUUGAAGUGCGAUGUUUCAAAAUGUUACAGAAGCAAAAAAGUUUAUUGGUAAAUCCCUUCAGCCAGCACGACCUGCGCAUCAACUGUCUUCUAAACAAGCAUCACCCAUUGCUUUAAACAUUCGGACUGAAUUACCCAGCAGCACUGAAGUAUGUUUGCAGAGUAAGGUUAACUGGUCAUCUGAAAUGACUGAAGUGAAGAUCUUAGCUCAAACUGUGAUGCUCUGUCAACCAAAACAACAUGAAUCAGGAGCAAAAAAAGAAAGGAUCCAAUACAGCAGAGAUUUCCUUCUGAAGCUUUCAAAUGUUUCUCUCUCUCAGAAGAAACCAGAGUUUCUUCCUGAUCACCCAAUUGUACUUGAAAAGCCAGUAAAGAACAAACCUUUCAUUGACAUCUGUAAGAAGUGACAUGUUGUUUGGAGGAUCCAAGGUCCAUAAAUGAGGGAGCUACAUUUGAUGUAGGUCUUCAAGAUUUUUGCAGGUACUUGGGUGCCUGCAGAUGGAAGUACGACCCUGUGAAGCGUAUGAAAAUGCCUGUUUCUUCCUGUAAUUGCCUGAAUGCUUUAAGAGACAAACCUUUAAUUUGUAAUGCCUGAAAUGGUAAUAUGAUUAAAGUGAAAAUAAAUAAUUUUACAUAUUGGUGUGGCA